AUGCCCGAUCUCGACUCCCAUCAAAUGAAAGAGAAUGCCCUGAGCGGAUCACUUGGGGUAAUUAAUGUGGACGACUCACCGCCUGGUCCCGAGUUCUCCGAGGGGAAAAUUCAAGAUGCUCAGAAUAUGAAAUAUUCUGAAGUGGGGGCGAGCCACGAAGGGCAUGACAUCUUUCGAGAAUGUCUCGCAGAGAUUGAAGAUGGCCUCGGCCUGGAUGCUUCUUUCAUUUUUGAUGAGUCUCGAGCUGAUCUUACUCGAUGUGAGGCUGAGCUUAAAAAGGUCUCGGAAGAGAUGGACAAUCUUAAAACCCUCUAUGCCAAGAAGGAGGAGGAGAUCAUCGAUCUUCGAGCCGAAUUGGCAAAGGCUUGUCAGCAGCAAAUUGCGUUUACCGAGGAGUUUCAACGAAAGGGCGAACUGGUGGAGCAGCUCCGGGAGGAGCUCAAGAUGAAGGAGGCCGAAACCCUGGGUUGGAGGCAAAGCAUGGACGAUCUUGCUUCUGAGAGAGAAACCCUUCGGGAGCAGCUGGCCUCGCUUGAACGUCAGUUCCAGAGUGUGAAGGAGGAGCGCUUGGCUCGAGGCCGCGAAAUUAAGGAGCUCAAGGUUAAUUUUGCUGCUGAGAUGGCUAAGGCCAAAUCUGAUGCUGAGGCAAUUAUGUCCUCAUAUCGAGCCGAUGCCGAAGCAGCUAAUUCCCGGGCCAAGGAGAUCUCCACUACGGCCGAAGUUAAGUUAUCAUGUGCACUCGAUCAUGCUAGGCGACAGUCCUGGAGGGAAACCCUCGAGGAGGCGAAGACCCUAGAAGAGGAGGCUGCUUCUCUGCUUUCUGAUGAGGAUGAUUCAGCCAGUGGUUCCGAGACUGGAGAAGACGAAGACGAAGUCCCCGAGGAUGAGGCUCUCGAAGAUGCGACCCCUGAAUAUGCGACCCCAAAGUAG